AUGCCCCUUCAGAUUCCACAUGCACAUCCGAACACAGCCCUGCAUCUCUACCGGCACAUUCUACGAGAAGCCACUUACCUACCCCCUCUUGCGCGCCCAUGGACUUUCGAACACGUCAAAUCCCGAUUUCGCCAUUGCCAACAUGCUGAGCAUCCCGAACGUUACAUGAAAGUCGCCCACCGUCAAUUGCGAUUCUUGCGUGCCGCAAACGCCGGCCAUGUCGACCGCAUGCUGCGCAUCUGUCUCCUGGCCACUGGCCGUAUAGGAAAACGAAGACGGCAGCUUUCUGGCGCGUAUCUGUCAAAGUCAGCCCCCGAGGAUCUGACGGCACUGGAGAACGGCCACCACGCAUCGAAUAACCCUAUGCGCGCGCUAUCGUUGGCGGCAUGGGGACAGCCUGCGGACAGCAAGCCCAGCAACAAUAAACCCCAGAAGCAUCACAUGCCGCCCACGGCCGAGUCCUCUUGGAUGUACAAGUGGGAUCUGGAGAAGGUCAGGCUCCUGGCCGAGUCCCAGUACGAACGUCAGGAGAGCACGAGCGAUUGGGUCAAGAACAAUAAAGUACGACGGACUGUUGAUCCCAGAACCUCUGUUGUUAAGGAAAACUGCUGGGGCUCAGAUCUCAAGCCGACACAGAUGACCAACAAGCUUCAAAAACACUGGACUAGUGUCCUUGCCUCACUCAUGCCGCCACUGCCACAGGGAGAAUGGGAUGCGUUGAAGGCCUUGGCAAGUGGCGAUGCCCCUGGGACUACGUGGACAAUUCCUCCUAGGAGACCCGUGGCGGUGUCAUUCAAAACCAACAACUCUUUAUCAGCAGCGCGCCCUGGCAUGGCAAGUUGGGACUGGGAGCAGUAUGCUACCACGCCGAUCAGAAAGCUUGAGAGAAAGAACUCGAGGCGGAUUAAGGCACUUUCAGGAAGUCCCAAAGGACAAUCUCAUCAUGACGAGCCGCCGAUAGGAGUACGGGCCUUCAAGCCGAGAUCACUCAAGCGUGGCAUCUACAGUAUGGUUUGGCAGGCAUCUCCCGUCGUGAAAGAGAAACCCAGAGGGGCCAAACCAAAAUGGUCGAUCACUUGGGGGGCACCUGUGCAGCCUGCGCCGUCAAAACCACGAUCGUCAGACAUGAAAGUCUUCCAGGGUAUCGAUAACAACGGCAAACUUAUUAUUUCAUAA